AUGAGUACAUUCAAAUCCAACAAAAUAAUAUCCAAACCAAAUUUACAACCAGUCAACUCACCAACAAUCUCAGAACAAUCUCCAGCAACUACAAAAGAUCAGCAAGCACAAAUGGAUCGUAUCCCCACUCUGGAAUCAAUCUUACCCCCAAGUAAUUUGACAGAUAUUGAAUCAUUUGAUCAAAAUCACGAAGUUUCUCCCAAAUCCCGUCGUACAGAAAGUUCAUCUGUAUAUGAAGAAGCAGUUGAUACCACUUAUCAAUAUCUCCAACAACAACUGCCACAACAACCAACUAACACUAGUAUCAUCUCAAAAAAUUCAAGCAAUGAAGCUAUCCCAGUGUCAAUUAAACUUUCACAGUUACCAAAUAAUUCUUCGUCUUCAUUGUUUAUUAAUAACAGAACUAGACAACCAAACUCACCUUCAGUUAAUUCACAAAGAGGGCAUAGUAAAUCACCAAGCAAAAAUUCACAUUUUUCAACCAGAGAUGAACCAAUUAAAGAAAAUUUGAAACCUUCUUCAGAGUCAUCUUCGGCUUCCACACAUUCAUUAGAAUCUCCAAUUACUCCAUUAAUUAGAAAAACUAAACCAUCAUCACAAUCGAUACAAAACCAACAACAGAAAAGUCCAUCGUCAUCAAUGGUUUCACCUGGGCUUUUAAUUACGCAACAAGAAUCAACAGACUCUCAGCAUCAACCAUCUCCAGCUUUAUCGCAUCUGUCAGUAUCAACAUUUGGUCAUAAGAAACGUGAAUCAAUGUUGUCCACAUACUCAGGAGCUGUUGAAUAUGAUGCUGUGCCCAUGACAGUUAAACGAUCAAGUAGUUCCAAAAUCAAAUACGUCGGUAAUGCAUCGCAAGGCAAUGCUAAUAAUAAUAAUAAUUACAAUAAUAUGGUUUCUUCAAGAGCUCAUCACCGGAAAAGGUCAUCAUUAUCAUCAACGUCGACAUCAAACAAGUAUAGUGAUCUUAAUACAGUUUCCGAUACAAAACUGAUUGAAACAAGUCAAUUAUUAGGAGGUGAUGCUAAUAAUAGCAACAAUACUAGUAAUAGUUCUAGACGCAAUCGUAGCUAUUAUGAUGGCGACGAAGAAGAAGAAGACGAUAGUUCUAUAUUAAUGGGGAAAUUGCCAACUAGAUCAAGUAAAGAAGAUGAGUUAAAGGCUCAACAACCUGAUAAAAGUGUGACCACUAAUAUUGAAGGGUCAAUUCCUGCUAGAUCACCAAGAAGACCGGCAUCUGUGAUGUCACCUAACUUUUCUAGUAUCGAUAUGAUUAACAGCAGUUCCAUCAGUAACAAUACCACUGGUUCAAAAGAUAAAAGUCGUCGUAAAAGCUAUGUUGAAGAUAAUAAAAGAAGAUCAAUCCAGAUUAAUGAUGGGUUAGAAAAAUUAAUGUUAGAUGCUACUUCAUUCACUAGCCAAGAUGAGAAUGAACAACAAGAACACGAAGAAGCAGACUAUGAUAAUACUAGAUUUAUUAGAGAUGUGACACCUAAUCAUUUAAAUAUUCAUCGUAAAAAUGGUGCAGAUGAAUAUAAUGAAGAUGAUGAUAUUACACCUAAAUUCGAUCCAUCUUUAGUGACGGCAGGGUCACAUAAUGGAGUUGGAAUAGAUGAAUUAGAUAAUAAUAUUCCAAUAUCAUCAAGAAAUAGCUCUUAUGAACUGUGGUCACGACAUGAGUCUAAGAGAAAAUCAUUAACUCAACCACUUAAUUUACCACCACGUCCAACUAAAGAUAAUCUCACCAAGGCAAGAACAAUCUCCAAUAAUUUACAACAACAACAACAGCAACAGCAAAACUUACAAGAACAUUAUGACACUUUGGAUGGAAAUCCCGAUAAUCUUAAUGCCAUUGAAGGAGAAGAGAUUUUUCCAUCAACAAAUAAUUAUGUUGAUGAUGAAGAAUAUGGACAAGAAGGAAUGCCAAGAAGCCAGAAAACCAACCACCAUGUUGUUGAUGACAACGAUGACGAUGAUGGGUUUUAUGAUAUAACUGGAGAACCAGUCAUUGUUCAACCACCAUUAGUAAGAGCAAAAUCAGUGAAAAAUUCCAUUAAACGUCCAAGUAGACAUACAAAAUCAUCUAAAGAUAAACAUAACCAUAAUUCUAAUGAUUCUGAAAAUCAUCAUAAUGGGAAAAAACAUCAUGGUAGUAGUAAUAGUAAAAAACAUCGUAAUAAUAAAAAAUCAAGAGGGACUAAUGGUGGUGGUGGUUUGAAACCAUUUAGUUAUACUACAUUAAUAUCAUUAUUAGAAAGUAUGAAUGGAACAAUAAUUGGUGAAGAAUUUAAUCAAUUAAAUAUCCCCAUAAAGGAAAAACAAUUGAUUGAAAAAAUUAUUGAUUCAUUAAGUAGAUUAACUUCAGAUAUGAUAUUAGAUCAACAACGUUAUGAGGUUGGUAUUGAUCGAUUAGAAAAAUGUUUAAGAGUAUUAGAAGGAUUUAUGUGA